CUUCAGACACGUAUUCCUUGUCGGACCACAUUAAAUGACGGACGCUGUUAACUCUGGAUUCACGUGUACAACAUGAAAAACGAUAAAAAUAACAAAAAUGAAUCCCAAAGGAAGAAGUUUAAGCCGGGAUUCAAGAAGAGAGAAAACAAAUGCGUCAUAAACUUUAACGAAGAUGACCGACAGGAAUAUCUCACUGGCUUCCAUAAGCGGAAGGUGGAAAGAAGGAAAGCAGCAGUGGAGGAAAUCAAAAGAAAAAUCAAGGAAGAGCAAAGCAGAGUGAGAGAGGAGCGACAUAAAGAGUACGUGAAGAUGCUGAAGGAGAGGAGAGAAGCUCUUGAGGAAGCUGAAGAUGACCUGGAGAAUGCAGUAAUCAGUAAAACUGAAUCUAUCCAGUACGAUCACCCAAACCACACUGUUACCGUGACAACCAUAAGUGACCUUGACCUCUCGGGGACACACCUGCUCGGACCUGUAGCAAACUGUGCCGACGAGCAGAGCGAGGAUGGCAGCAUGGAGGAAGAAGAGGAAGAACAAACCCACACGAUGCCGAAAAAAGCCCGAGAUCCCAUCGUCAACAAAAAGAUCCGCUCCCUCACGGCAGCGCUCAGCACCUUCACCAGCAAACGGAAAAGGAAAGGGAAGCAGGAAGGCAAACGAGGCCGUCCGACAGACAGGCAGGCAGCGGGACCAGAGAGUAAACACCGAAGAGGGAGGACCGGCAAGUGUCAGAGACGCCGGCAGACGGGGAGGAAGAUGCCGCAUCAGGACUGAGAACGCACAAAUCUGAUGUCGAGUUUGACUCACGGAGAGACUCUGUGUCCAUUUUAGCUCCCGUGUUUGAGCAGGAAGUCUAAAUGCUGACAAGUCUGUAAAAUCAUGUUUUCAUCUUUUUUUGGGCCUUUUUGUUGUUUUUCAAUCAGUUGUUUCAAUUAUUACGACCACAUUUGGGAGACGUUUUCCAGUAGUUUUUGUUGUAAAUAUUACACAAACAUCCCUGUUUAUAUUUAGAUUUUGAUUAAAAGGAAAUGUUCAAUAACGA